AUGCCUCCCCAGACCAGGAGCUCAUCCUCCUCCUCCUCUAACCACCUCCCCUUUCCCUCCAACAGAGCAAACACCACCACCACCAGCAACAGCACCAGCACCGGCACCAGAUACCGUCAUACCCCACGCCCAAACAACAUUCCCAAUCCGCCAUACCAACAAUAUCCCCCCUCCUUCUCUUACACACUUGGAGCUUCAGCCGGACCAAGACCAGCACGAAGAAGCUCCCGCUCCCUCGCCAAUAGCGAGCGCUACGAAUACACCCUCAUUCGCACCAAAAAGAAAACACCACACGGCCCUCCUCAACCAAACAACACCCGUCUCAGCACUCAGCCUUCACGAGUCCCUCGCCACAAGCAUCGCCGCCGCCGCCGCCAUCACCAUCACCAUCGUCAUCACGGCCAUCGCGUCCAUCCAGAGGCCCUCCUCAUGCCUGUAGUCACGGCGCCUGUCCCCAACCACCAAGAACAACCACUUCUCCUCCCAUUAACCCCCGGACUCCCGACAUGGCGCCGACCAAACCUCCCUCCCCUUCGGCCCGCAACCCUCCCUCUCUCUUACUUCUGUCGCGUAGCCCCGUACCAGCCCGGCCAGGUUCCAAGCGUCCAGUCGCCCUAUUACUUCCUGGUCCAUCUUCCUGAGGAUCAAACGACCUCGUCUCUUAUCCUUCAACAGCAGCAGCAGCAAAGCCCAUUGACACCAAAUUGCCUCGUAUCCCCAUAUAGCCUCUACCGUCCAUGA